AUGACCAAAAAGGAACAAAAGUCAUACGAAUCCAUCAGGAAACAGGGAAAAAGCAAGGAGGCGUUGACAGAAGGGUCAGGACCCGGGGCAGGGGGAAGAAGGGCGGCGUUAACAGCAGGAGGAGACGACCCAAGGGGGGAUGAUGAAGGGGGAGCGCGAGAAGGAUUUAGGAGAAGGGACAGGAGGAGGAUAAGGAGAGACGGUUCCACGAUUAACCCCCACCCAAGAAAGGGGAGAGGAAGGAGAGAAGGGGAGACAGGGAGGAACAGGGGACGGGACACCAGAGAAUCGGAGUCAAAAAGGGAAGGAGGCGAGCGGCGAGGCAACCUCAGGCAAGGAGCAUAA